AUGGCAGACUGGAAGACGCAGAUAAACUACAACUACAACGCGUCCUACCACGCCUACGCGUACGGCCUCAUGUAUCAAUCCGGGCACGAGCAGAACCACUGCCACGUUACCGGCUGGGGCGAAGCACCGCCGCCCGAUUUGACCAACUACUCACCCGGGGUGACGCAAGUCUACUACGCCGCCACCGCCCGGACCCGCGAAGAGUCUCCGCCUCGUAGCCCGGAGCAGCACGUCGCCAACGGCCAUUGCCGUUACCAGGGCUCCGGUCUGGUGUACCUCGGCGAGAGUCAAGCCGGUCGCUUGCUUCUCGCCGGAACGCCCCGAGCCGCCGGAGAAAGCGGGAGAGCCGCCAGCGACUCCACAAGUGACUCGGAGGCCCACGCCUCUCCCGAUUCAUGGAGUUUUGGUAGCGGGCGAGAAAGCGGCCUUCCGCAGGCAGACCCUGCCAGGUGGGUGAAGAAAGAGCGCCGCGAUGACACAAACGGCAGGAGCCCUGACGCAGGAGACCACGUUUCCAGCUCGCUGAUGGAGGAGCUGCCCUCCUGCCAGCAGAACGCCAACGCUUUCUCCGCGCAAGCGCCUUUUCCGGCCCCGAGCAAACCAAGCUCGCACGCCGAGACCCCGAAAGGAAAGGUGCGCGUUUCCUUUUCCGAAAGCCAGAUGCACACUCUGGUCCAGCGUUUCAGCGUGCAGAGAUACCUCACCCCGGCCGAGAUGAAGAACCUCGCUGAACUCACGGGGCUUACCUACAAACAGGUGAAGACUUGGUUCCAAAAUCGAAGGAUGAAGCUGAGGAGACACCAGAAGGACAACAACUGGGUGUCGGAACGCUACACCGUCACCAAGGGCCGCAGCCGAGCCGCCCCCCUCGGCGGAGGCGUCAUUAACCACGUUCCGACUUAUCAAGCAGAGGCCCAAAGAGCGCCGCUCAUGGAGCGCUACAAUCACCCCAUGAUGGACGCAGCCUUCAAGCAGCCGGCGCCGCAGAACCUGGCCUUCUAUCUCGCUCGCAUGGGCAGUUCCGGUGGCUCCGCUCCUCUUUCGGCGUGGUCAUCCGGCGCGCCUCAAGCCGCGAUGUCUGCUCGGCCGCAGGCGGUCGGCUGGGCUGCGCCUGCGCCCGCGGGCAUCAACCAGCACGAAUACAACUCGGGUGUGUUCCAGUCAACCGGCAACAUGGAGCCCGACGCCGCUUUUGAUGGCAAAGAUGCUGCGUCCGUCACCAGCCAGAACUCUCCGAUGACGGUCAUCGUACCUAACGUGGGCCAGUAGGGCGCAUC